CACAGUGCGUCGAGCGGAGAGAUGGAGGGAGCGCUGACCGGCUGUGCUCUCGUAUAAACCGGAGAGGGGAGCAGCAGAUGAAGAGAGAAUUAAACCAUGUUACAUCCUGAGAAGUGAACAUCUCCACAGCAAAGCCAGGCUCGUCCCAGAGACACCAGCGUCAUGAAACCAGUCCUGUAUUGAGCCUCUCCUCGGUGGGUUGGCAUGGCCCAGUGAUGAACGGAGCGGUGGUGCCCGGUAGCCCGGAGCUCUCCUCCUCGUGCCCACUGCCUGACUGGCGAGAGUUCUGUGAGCUCCAUGCUCGAGCCUCCGCUGCAGACUUCGCUGACAAGUUCCAGCGCUUCCUGUCAGAGAACCCGUGCUACAACUCGCCCGGUGCAGAUGCUAGCUUCUCACAGCAUUUUGCCCACCACUUCCUGGAGUGCUUUUCUGCAGCGCUGACCCAGGCCCGCGAGAACCAGGCGUCCUCGCCGGAAGACGGCUCCAACGCGGCACCCAAGUACAGCAUUGUUCCUUUCCUGGGAAUCCAAGGCUUCCCACUGUCCUACGGUCACGACCUUUACCAGAGACGCAAAGACGCCGGGGCUUCAAGUGAAUCCCUGGACAGUAUGGACAGUGGAGGGGGAGGGAUAGAUGGGGGCGGCAGUGGCACCACUUCCUCCCGAGGCCCCCAGCCGACCCACAAGGUGUCUGCUCUGGGACAGUCCCGCAGCUCAGAGGACGUGUCGGUCAGUCACCCAAAGGCUCGCUUCAAGAAGGGUUUCUCUUUGAGGAACAUGAGCCUGUGUGUGGUGGACGGGGUGAAGGAGAUGUGGCACCGACGGGCCUCCCCUGAGCCUGACGCUCCCUCUGGAGCCAGGAAGGUUAACGGGGCAGGAGGAGGAGGAGGAGGAGGGGGAGGAGGAGGAGGAGGAGGGGGGGAGGCUGCAGGGGGAGAGAAGUGGUCCCAAAAGCUGCGGCUUCCCAGGGGUUCCCAGGGCCACAAGGCUGAGCUGCUGGAAAUCCAAAGGGAGGGAGCGCUGAGGUACAUGGUGGCUGAUGACACUAACUGUAUGGGCGCUGCACAGUGGCAGAAGUGCCGCCUGCUGCUGAGGAAGACGAAGAGGGAGGAAGGAGGGGAGAGGUUCCUGCUGGAGUUUUACGUACCACCCAAGUCCUCAAAGCCCAAGGUCAGCAUCCCUCUGUCAGCCAUCGUGGAGGUGAGGACCACCAUGCCGCUGGAGAUGCCCGACAAGGACAACACCUUUGUUCUUAAGGUGGAAAACGGGGGAGAGUACAUCCUGGAAACCAUCGACUCGCUGCAGAAAAACUCCUGGGUUGCUGACAUCCAGGACUGCACAGACCCGGGUGACAGCGGCGAUGACAUUGAGCUGGCGUCGUGUCCUCAUGGCCAGGCCUCCAAAGACUGCUCCAUGGUGGCCUCCUGCAGCUGUGAGCUGCUGUCUGAGGGUGUGUAUCGUGCUCCAGAGAGGUCAUGUCCUACGGCAGCAGAGCAUUACAGCGCUCCCUCAGUCCGUUGCAGGGAACCCCCCUUCACCCAGCACCCAUCUCACAUGCCUUUAGAGCGCUUCCUCCAGUCCCCAGAGGCCCAGGGCUCCAACUCCUCUGCAGGUGGCAGUGAAGGAGCGAAAGACUCAGAUGGCGAUGCCAGCUUGGCGGGUUACCCAUGGUUCCAUGGUACACUGUCUCGCGUGCGUGCGGCUCAGCUGGUGCUUGCAGGCGGGGCCAGGAGCCACGGGCUAUUUGUGAUUCGUCAGAGCGAGACACGGCCGGGCGAGUACGUCCUCACCUUCAACUUCCAGGGCAAAGCCAAGCAUUUGCGCUUGUCGGUGAAUGAGAACGGGCAGUGCCACGUCCACCACUUGUGGUUUCACACUGUGUCGGACAUGUUGAGACACUUCCACGCCCACCCCAUCCCGCUCGAAUCCGGAGGCUCGGCUGACAUCACAUUACGCUCCUAUGUACAAGUGCAGCGAAGCUCCGCUACAGAUGUGACCGUGCCUCCAGUCCUCACCCCGCCCAGGGAUGCAGGCUGCCGGACAGAUUCAGCCCAGCCAGCCCUCCACCCUCCUGGGAUCACAGCGCCUGCGGGGCCUCCCUCUGAUGCCCCGCUCUCCUCGAGCACCUCCUCCUCACCCACCACCCUUCCCUCCCUCUCCCGCAGUGACCCAGGUACUGGAGGAGGAGUAGGAGGAGGGUUACAGAGCCGGAGCAACAGCUCUGAGCGCCUGCUGGAGGCCUCUAGUGGUGCAUCUGAGGACUACCAUGACGCUGAUGGGACUAGAAGGGCCCGAGCUGUGGAGAACCAGUACUCUUUCUACUAAACCACCCAGGGCAGGGUUCAGUCGUGUAUUAUCGGAAUUGGAUGAGAUGCAGAAAGUUGGAGGUGAUGUGGGACGUUCAGCUGGUGAUGAAAACGGUCCAAAUCACUGGAUCGCCCAUUGUUUGGUUUGUUUUUGUUUCAAGGCAAUUUCCUGUUUCUCUGAUUUGAGAAAGGAGGUGAGAUCAUGAUGAGCCAUUUGUCCACACUGAUAAAUCCCUCAGGCUCUUUGUUUCAAAUUUAGUUGUCAUGGAUGUGAGUAAACAGACAUACAGAGAGGGACAGGUAGACAGGAAGAGGUUGAGAUGGAGUGGGAGAUUAGACAUAGAUUUGUAUAGGUGGAGAAAGCAAGGGGAAGUCAUCCAGUGGCCAUGUGGCUUUGAUUCUUCUCUUUCAACCACUUCCUGUUCACCCUUACCCGCAGUUCCCUGGGAGCAGAGCCUGUGUCACCACCCCACUGAAAGACUGAGAGUUUGAAAUGACCCUGAAGAAACAGUCCCUCCCUUCAGAGCUCCUCCAGAGCUCCUGAGAGCAUCCCAUUAAUGUUUGUAAAGCUGCUUUGAGUCUGUCCCGGAUAUCCUCACUGUCCCUGCGGGGUUGCCCUACAAAGUCCUGCUCCAGGUCUCUGCUCUACACUAACAUCAGUGCAGCAAUCAUGGGUGUGUUAGUGUUAGCCCGGGGAUGUUUUUCUUAAAUAUGUACAGCCUAAAGGGUCUUAGUGCCUGACGAUUACCUUGGACUUGAAUGGACUGUUGCCUAUAGCGAUGAGGAGGAUGAUGUUGACAUACUCACAACAGCCCAAAAGUUAAAUGCAGGUAAUUAUUUUACUGUUGGUUUCUGCUUCAAACAUACUGAACAUGCAUAUCUCUGCCUACUGAAAUGGUUUUGUUCUCACAGCUUUAUCGGUGGCUGCAGCAUACACACAGGUGGUCAUAUGUUGUGUUACAAAUCACUUUCAAAAUGUUGAAAUGGAAGAUGAACAACACACGUUCAGUCCUUACAAAUAUGGCAGGGUGGCUCCCAUUUUGCUGUCAUACUGGGUUAUUUCUAUGAGUGUGCGGUGGUGUAUUAGAGUCCCAAUGUUUUUCAAUGAUCGGUGUGCUACAGUAGUGUUUCUAAAACAUGGUUUUUGGGGUCCCUCCGUCUGGUGCUGGUUCUGUAUUCAAGAUCAUCAUAUCGAUAACCUGUAGAUUAGAUAUGCUGUUCAUAUAGGAGUUCACUUUGAAGUAAUGCCUUGAAGAUAUUAUUAUACCAAAACCAGCAGAGGGAGGGACUUGGGACUUGUUUUUUUAGGAAGGUGGCAGUAUUUUGUACUGUUUGUGCGGCCUGCAGGUGAGCUUGUAGGUCUGAACUGGAACGGUACAGUUUGUAAUAUAAUGGGAACUAGAUGGCCAUGCUUGAGUAGAGAAAUGUACUUUUUGCUGACACAUUACUGAGAUUAAGCUUUUUAAUAAAUCAAAAGAAAACCUAAUUUCCACACCACAAAAUAUUUGUUAUAAGAACUGACACCUAAAUAUUCAUUAUAAUACAAAAUAUCAGUGAAAAUAUCCUCUUUAAGGAAAAGACAUUUUGAAAAUGUGUAUAUUUGUUUCCUUAAGAGUUAAAUGAAAAGAGUAAAUGAAUACCACUCUCAUGUCUGUAACAAAUAUGAAGCUAUAUAAACCUGCAAUUGGCUAACUCAUAGCAGCUUAGCAUAAAGACUGGAAACUGAGGCAAAGGUCAGAAAAUCUGUCCACCAGCACAUCUAAAGCUCACUGAUUAACAUGUCUGUAUAAAAAUCUGUG